AACCAAUCAGCGUCUCCGCGGAUCCCGAUUACAAAGUCUCCACCGACCGGCCCGGAUUCUGCUGCUUCCCAGACCCAGAGGAUGCGAGUCAUGGGGCCGCGAACCCUCCUCUUCCUCCUCUCGGGGGUCCUGGUCUUGCCAGACACGCGGGCGGGCUCCCACUCCCUGAGGUAUUUCCUCACCGCCGUGUCCCGGCUCGGCCUCGGGGAGCCCCGCUUCAUCAUCGUCGGCUACGUGGACGACACGCAGUUCGUGCGGUUCGACAGUGACGCCCCGGAUCCGAGGAUGGAGCCGCGGGCGCGGUGGGUGGAGCAGGAGGGCCCGGAAUAUUGGGAUGAGGAGACGCAGGGAGCUAAGGACGCCGCAGAGGCUUUCCGAGCGAACCUGAACGCCGCACUCGGCUACUACAACCAGAACGAGGCCGGGUCUCACACCGUCCAGGAGAUGUACGGCUGCUACGUGGGGCCGGACGGGCUUCUCCUCCACGGGUAUGAUCAGUACGGCUACGACGGCAGAGAUUACAUCGCCCUGAACGAGGACCUGCGCUCCUGGACCGCGGCGGACACGGCGGCUCAGAUCUCCAAACGCAAGUGGGAGGAGGCAGGUGCUGCGGAGAGCGAGAGGAACUACCUGGAGGGCGAGUGCGUGGAGUGGCUCCGCAGAUACCUGGAGACCGGGAAGGACACGCUGCUGCGCGCAGACCCUCCAAAGGCACAUGUGACCCGACACCCCAUCUCUGACUAUGAGGUCACCCUGAGGUGCUGGGCCCUGGGCUUCUACCCUGAGGAGAUCUCACUGACCUGGCAGCACAAUGGGGAGGACCAGACCCAGGACAUGGAGCUUGUGGAGACCAGGCCUUCAGGGGAUGGAACCUUCCAGAAGUGGGCUGCCCUGGUGGUACCUUCUGGAGAGGAGCAGAGAUACAUGUGCCGUGUGCAGCAUGAGGGGCUUCAGGAGCCCCUCACCCUGAGAUGGGAACCUCCUCAGACCCCCUUCCUCACCAUGGGCAUCAUUCUUGUCCUGGUUCUCCUCAUGGUGGCUGUGGUGGCUGGAGCUGUGAUCUGGAUGAAGACAUGCUCGGGUGAAAAAAGAUGACCUACAUUCAGGCUUCAAGCAGUGACAGUGCCCAGGGCUCUGAUGUGCCUCUCAUGGUUCCUAAAGAGAAAGCCUCAGAACAGCCCUGAGGCUACACAGCCGGGAACAGAAUAACGAUUCCGCCCGGGUCGGGUCCCACAUAAGAACGCCUGCCCUGCAGGUGGGCACAGACACCACUGUUCACAGCACUGUCAGCCCUGAUGCUGAGCAAUGGACCCUGCAGCUAGACCUGUUGUCUCUGCUGCUCCUGACACCUGGACAACACACUGCCACCUCCGCCAUGUGUGCCAAAGCAUUCAGCCCAGUUCCAGCCUCUCUGUGUCACCAUGUCCUGAGUCAGAGUCCAGCAUGUGGUAACCUGCAGGAAUGUUUGGAAACUAGGUUUUCUGUCUUAUGGAGGAAGGUGGGCUCUGUCUACUACCAAGAUUGUCAAGUGUGGUGGUGGUUUAGCGCGCUAAGUCAUGUCCGACUCUUGCGACCCCACUGACAAUAGCCUCCCAGGCUCUUUGGUCCGUGGGAUUCUCCAGGCAAGAAUACUGGAGUGGGUUGCCAUUUCCUUCUCCAGGGAAUGUUCCCAACCCAGGAAUCUGGGUCUGGGUCUCCUGCAUUUCAGGUAGACUACCGGCUGAACAAUGAGGGAAGCCCUAACUUAGGAGAGGAUACAGAAUCUGGGGUUGGAGAAGAAGGGUGAAGGAGGAGAAAGAAAGACGAAUUUCAAUUUUUGGAGCAGUGAUCUAGAUCAGAACUUAAUCUACUACCUUGUAGCCAGUCUGAUUGGAUGAAUGAGUAAGUGACUAAUAAAUGACAUCUUUCAGCUUCUUCUGUGAUGUUCUGUUAUGAGGUCCAGCUCUGUCUACUCUAGUUUAUACUCUCAGAUAAGCAGAGUUCACUUCUGAGUGAUGAAAUGAUUACUCAAAAUGUCUUCUCCCUGCUGUUGUCUCUUUCCAGGCUUAAAACAAGAAGACCUAUAAGUCCUCAUGGGAUGCAUACAUAUAUACUGAUAUCUUACUACAUGUUUGAUCCCUGGGUUGGGAAGAUCCCCUGGAGAAAGAAAAGGCUACCCACCCCAGUAUUCUGGCCUGGAGAAGUCCAUGGACUUCCAUGGGGUCCAUGGGGUUGCAAAGAGUCAGACACAACUGAGUGACUUUUCCUUUAUUACAUGUUAAUUUCUCUGUAUAUGCAUUUUGCUGGAGAAAGUAUCUAUAAAAUUGAUUAUUUUACAUGUGAACCACACAAACAUCUUUUAAAAAUACUAGUUUAGACACCAAGCUAUAAUCUCUGGCCCAUGGAGAACUAAUAAUCCAUCAGUCUUAGCAGAUCCAGUGAUACAAUGAAAAUGCUCAUCUUUUUCUUGGCAAUUCCAGUCUGGGUCAAAAUAAAGUAGAAGUUUACUUGCUUACACUCA